AUGUGGAAUUUUGUCAAUCUACUUACUUUGUCUCUUUUGGCACUCGAAGUGUCGGCGGAUUUCCAAACAAUUGGUUAUAAAGACUGCAAGUCGAAAUUCAAAGUGUUAGAUGUGCAAGCGUCUGGAUGUCACCUGAAAGACACACCCACUGGUAGGAAGCUCUGCGAGUUUAAGGAAGGUACUACGCCUAGGAUUAAGAUCAAAUUCAUCCCAGAUGAAACAGUGUCAAAGCUAACCACCCAGAUCAAGGCCAAAAUCGGUCAGACAUUCCUCGAAUUUCCAAUGGCUGACGCUGAUGCUUGUAAGUACGGAGUGACCUGCCCCGUGGAAGAAGGCAAAGAGUAUGUCUACGAAAAGGGUAUUGAAAUCAUCCACAACUAUCCCAAAGUUUCACCCCCACCAGCCGCGCUAGAUUCUUCAGCGUAUGCCGCAAAUGCGUUCCUACAGGUGUGA